CACCGUCGUUCCUCGCUUGGCUCCCUGUACUACUGUGGCCGUCCUCAGCUUGGAAUAACUAGAACCUUGGUAACACAGUCAAAUCGGAAACAAAAGCAUAUUGAUAUGAAGUAUACGUUCGAGCCUGUCGUGGAAAAGCCAUCCUUUCCAAAGGAAGAGGAGAGAGUCCUUGCAUUCUGGGAUGAAAUCGAUGCUUUUCAAACGUCCAAUAAGAUGAGCCAGGGAAAACCCGAGUAUGUUUUCUACGAUGGUCCGCCUUUCGCGACUGGCCUGCCUCACUAUGGUCACAUCCUUGCCGGUACCAUCAAAGAUGUUGUGACGCGUUACGCCCAUCAGACCGGUCAUCACGUUGAGCGGAGGUUCGGAUGGGAUUGCCAUGGCCUCCCUGUGGAGCACGAGAUCGAUAAAGACUAUAACAUAGGCUCCAAGGCCGACGUCAUGAAGUGGGGUAUUGCUAACUACAACGAAGCGUGUCGCUCGAUCGUUACGCGGUACACUAAGGAGUGGAGGCAGAUCGUUACACGAUUUGGUCGGUGGAUCGACUUCGAUAACGACUACAAAACCAUGGACCGUAACUUCAUGGAGAGUGUAUGGUGGGUUUUCAAGCAGCUUUUUGACAAGGGCCUGGUUUAUAGGGCUUUCCGCGUUAUGCCUUACUCCACUGCCCUCUGCACGCCCUUGUCCAACUUCGAGGUUGCUCAAGGUUAUAAGGAUGUCAGUGACCCAUCGAUCAUCGUAGCGUUCCCUCGCAAGGAUAAGGAGAACUCGUAUUUGCUUAUUUGGACUACCACACCGUGGACACUUCCUUCCAACCAGGCAAUCUCUGUUAAUCCCCGGUUUACGUAUUUGAGGGUCAUCAAUAAGAAAAAUGGUUGUGAGUACAUCUUAGCAAAGGACAGGGCGGCUUGGAUUUACAAAUGCUUGAAGUUGAACGAGAAGACGGACGUCGAGGUCGAGGAGACUCUUCUCGGGACUGACCUUUUGGGCAUCCCCUAUGUCCCUCCCUUCGAUUUCUUUAAGAAGCAUGAGCGUCCUGGCAAAACAUGGACUGUCCUCUCUGCCGACUAUGUUACGGCUGAUAGUGGUACUGGGCUGGUCCAUCAGUCGCCUGGAUUUGGUGAGGAUGAUUACCAGACGUGUGUUAAGAACGGUAUCAUAUCACAAGACGGGACUGACAUGAACCUUCCUCUCGAUGAGUCUGGUCGAUUCACGGAUGAGGUGCCACCCUACCAGGGAAUGCACGUUAAGGAGGCUGAUAAGCACAUCAAGGAAGAUCUGAAGAAACGCGGCUUAUUGCUCCAUAACGGCAUGGAAAUUCAUUCGUACCCUCAUUGUUGGCGAUCGGAUACGCCCUUGAUCUACCGUGCUAUCGGCUCGUGGUUCAUCAAGGUUGAGGAGGUCCGCGAUCAGCUCCUUGCGAACAAUGAGAAGUCUGCCUGGGUACCACGCCACGUUCAAGAGGGUCGAUUUAGAAACUGGUUGGCUGAUGCUCGUGACUGGGGUGUGUCUCGGAAUAGAUACUGGGGUACUCCGAUUCCUAUUUGGGUUUCUGAUGACUUUCAGGAGGUAGUGUGUAUUGGUAGUGUAGCUGAGCUGGAGCGGUACGCUGGCCAUCCCGUCCCCGACAUACACAGGCACUUCAUUGACGACAUUAAGAUCCCUAGCAAGACUGGCCGUGGUUACCUACAUAGGGUGGAUGAGGUCUUCGAUUGCUGGUUUGAGUCGGGCUCGAUGCCUUACGCUCAAGUGCAUUACCCCUUUGAAAAUAAGGAGAAAUUCGAGAAGAACUUCCCGGCUGAUUUCGUCGCGGAGGGUCUCGAUCAGACCCGUGGUUGGUUUUACACGAUGACGGUCAUUGCUACGCAUCUCUUCGAUGAGCCUGCUUUCAAGAAUCUGGUUGUUAACGGACUGAUUCUGGCGGCCGAUGGGAAGAAGAUGUCAAAGCGUCUGAAGAACUACCCGGACCCGACCGAGGUGUUUGAUCGUUAUGGUGCUGAUGCGGUCCGCAUGUACAUGUGCAACUCCCCGGUGGUGCGCGCUGAGCCUUUGAAGUUCCGCGAGGAGGGGGUUCGCGACACAGUGAAAGAGGUCUUCUUACCUCUUUAUAACGCGUAUAGGUUCCUGGUCCAGGAAACCUGCCGUUUUGAAAAGCAGGAAAACACCAAGUUCAGCCCUGACCGAACGUAUAUUCAUGAGUCCAGCAACCCCACUGACCACUGGAUUUACGCCGCCUCCCAGGAGCUCCUUAAGUACACCAGGACGGAGCUGGAAGCCUAUAGGCUGUAUAACAUCGUUGGCAAGUUGGUGUCAUUCUUGGACGACCUCACCAACUGGUACAUACGUAUGAAUCGUGACCGUAUGCGCGGUGGUAUCGACAUGCAGAACACUCUGGAAAGUCUGAAUACUCUGUACGAUGUCCUGCUUGAUCUGACGAUUGUUCUGGCUCCCAUCACGCCAUUCAUCACUGAGCUCAUCUACCAGAAUCUGCGAUUGGCUCUUCCCGAUGAGGAUCCUAGGAAGGAGAGGAGUGUCCAUUUCGUUAUGAUGCCCGACCCUGACGUCCAAGGCUUGGAUCCAGCGAUUGUUACCGCCCUUAACCGUGUGCAGACUGUUGUGACUAUGGGCCGUUUGUUGCGUGACCAUCGUACGGUUAGUCUCAAGACGCCUCUUCGUCGCAUUCGGGUCAUCGCUGAGGACCAGGCCUAUCUCGAUGAUAUCAACAGGCUUGAGAGCUACGUUAAGGAUGAGCUCAAUGUGAUGAACUUGGAGACCUCCUCCGAUACAAGCAUGCUGGCCACUGAGGUCGCUCCCAAUUUCCGGGCGCUUGGUGGCUUGGUGGGGAAGCAGAUGAAAAAGGUCGUGGCUGAUAUCAAGUCGAUGACUCCAGCUCAGAUUAGGGAGUUUCAGAACACCAACUCCAUACAGAUUCAGGGGUUCGAUCUCACGCCUGAGCAUAUCACUGUGACCCACAUCAUCAAGGAUCUCGGGGAUGCUAAUCUCGAGGCUACAAGUCAGGCGGAUGUCACUGUCAUCCUAGAUUUUACCAAGGAUGAGGACCUUCUCCAGUUCGCCUUGGCCAGGGAGAUCACCAACAGGGUCCAGAAGCUCCGUAAGGAGGUAGGCUUACAGCAAGACGAUCCAGUGGAGAUGUGGGCCACCUCGGCUGUGAAGGAGGUGAAUGAGGUUCUAGAGAAGAAGUCUGAGUACAUUGACCGUCUGCUGAGGAGGCCCUUGAUGAACGCUAAGGACCUGCAGGGUCAUGAGGUAACGAUAGUGUCGGAGAAGCUCGAUACGGACAAGGACAACUCGGUCACGGUUACCAUCACCCGUAUGGGCCCUCACUUCAACAUGAAGGCGUUGGAGGCUCUUAGUGGUGGCAAUAAGGAGGUCCAGGAAAUGCUCAAACAAUAUGUGAUUUCGCAUUCGGCUGCCGAGCUCAACGCUGGUUUAAAGCCUAUCUGUUUAAAUGGUGUGUCCUAUGCUUUGAAGAAGGAUGUUCAUUACAGUGCGAAUGGCGCUGCUGGUGCUUCUUGGGGCGCUUAAAAUGAUUAAAAAUAGCGGAGCGAAGCGCGUGGAGUGGUAGGAUGUAGUAUUCGUGCAUAAUAUCGGUUACUGAUCAAGGAGAGUUGAGCACUGUUACUCUCGACGGCUUUCAAUUCUGAGCAUUGGUUCUCUCACGUUUCUUCGAC